CCGGUCCUCCUGCGGAUCCACCGACACCUGCAGCGGGAACAUGGAGCUCGGAUCUCCGCUCCUCGUCCUCCUCGUCCUCCGGUCCCGGGCUCGUGUCCUCGGAGCUGCUCCGUGUCUCCGCUGAGGCCCCUCUGCUCCUCCUCUGCUCCUCCUCUGCUCCUCCUCCUCUGCUCCUCCUCCUCCACUCCUGCUCUGCGGAGACAUUUUCUCCGUUUUCCAGUCUGCCUGCAUUGCGUCGAAACCCCCUCCUCUCUCUCUCCUCUCUCUUUCUCUCUCCCCUCCUCCUCCUCCUCCUCCUCUUUCUCCUCCUCUUUCUCCUCUGCUCCUGUAACAUGCUUCCAGAUGAGCCUCCUCUCCUCUAGAGCCUCCGCGCUUCUUAUCUGGAUUUUUUUUUUUUUUUUUGAUUUUUGUUUUUUUCUGAAGGGACUGAGGAGUUGAUGCUGCAGGGUCCAGUCCUCCUCCUCCUCCUCCUCCUCCUCCUCCUCCUUCCCCUCCUCCACACCGGGACCUCCAUCCUCCCUCUCCGUCCUCCACCUCCUCCUCCUGCACCUCCUUCUUCUUCUUCUUCUUCUCCAACAUGAUUUUAGUAAAUUGUCAGUCAGGAUUUGUGCCGCGGAGCCGCCGUCCGGAGCCGCAUGAAGCAGCCGCUACCUCCUCCUGCUCCUCUUCCUCCUCCUCCUCCUCCUCGACGCUGAAAGCCUACACCAAGAGGAUACGGAUGUUGACCAAGACAACAUAGUCUAUUAAUAUUUCAGACCUGCUGCUGUAAAGCGAGCUCACUGUUAAAGUUGCUGCUGCUGCUGGUGGAGGAGGAGGUGGAGGAGGUGGUGGAGGAGGUGGGUGGCCGGGGAGAGGUGCGCGCAUCGAGGCUCCAUCUGCUGCUCUCCCGCUCAGCUCGGCUCAGGAGGAACCAGAUGUCCAGGAGCCCAGGGACCACGACCACGAUGCUGCUGAUGAUGAUGAUGAUGAUGAUGAUGAUGGAGAGCUGCUGGCCUCAUUAGGAGCGUCUCCACUUCGACUGCCCCCUCCCUCCUCGUCCCCGUUUCCUGUCCUGUCCUCCAGCCUCCAGGAAGGAUGACCGUGGUGUCCACAGAGAACAUGGACGAGACCUCCACCCUGCCGGGCCACCCCCAGGACCCCUACCUGCCCGACGACCACGACGACGACCACGACUGCUGCGAGCGCGUCGUCAUCAACAUCUCGGGGCUGCGCUUCGAGACCCAGCUCAAGACCUUGGCCCAGUUCCCGGAGACGCUGCUCGGGAACCCCAAGAAGAGGAUGCGCUACUUCGACCCCCUCAGGAACGAGUACUUCUUCGACCGGAACCGGCCCAGCUUCGACGCCAUCCUCUACUACUACCAGUCCGGGGGUCGGCUCCGGAGACCCGUCAACGUGCCCCUGGACAUGUUCUCGGAGGAGAUAAAGUUUUACGAGCUGGGCGCCGAGGCCAUGGAGAAGUUCCGGGAGGACGAGGGCUUCAUUCGGGAGGAGGAGCGGCCGCUGCCGGAGAAGGAGUUCCAGCGGCAGAUCUGGCUCCUGUUCGAGCACCCGGAGAGUUCUGGACCGGCCCGGGGCAUCGCCAUCGUCUCCGUCAUGGUCAUCCUCAUCUCCAUCGUCAUCUUCUGCCUGGAGACGUUGCCGGAGCUGAAGGAGGAUCCCAACUACCGCGUCCAGGUGAUCGGGAACACGACCACCUUCUACAAACCCAACGUCCUCACCGACCCCUUCUUCGUGGUGGAGACGCUCUGCAUCAUCUGGUUCUCCUUCGAGCUGAUCGUCCGUUUCUUCGCCUGCCCCAGCAAGGCGGCGUUCUUCAAGAACAUGAUGAACUCCAUCGACAUCGUGGCCAUCAUCCCGUACUUCAUCACGCUGGGCACGGAGCUGGCCGACGACCCGGACAGCAAGGAGGGGAAGGGGGGCGGGGAGCAGGCCACCUCGCUGGCCAUUCUCAGGGUAAUCCGUCUGGUCCGGGUGUUCAGGAUCUUUAAACUGUCCCGUCACUCCAAGGGGCUCCAGAUCCUGGGCCAGACUCUGAAGGCGAGCAUGCGCGAGCUGGGCCUGCUCAUCUUCUUCCUCUUCAUCGGAGUGAUUUUGUUCUCCAGCGCCGUCUACUUCGCCGAGGCCGAGGAGAAGGAGUCUUUCUUCACCAGCAUCCCGGACGCCUUCUGGUGGGCCGUGGUGUCCAUGACCACCGUGGGCUACGGGGACAUGUACCCCGUCACCAUCGGGGGGAAGAUCGUGGGCUCGCUGUGCGCCAUCGCCGGCGUCCUCACCAUCGCGCUGCCGGUGCCGGUCAUCGUCUCCAACUUCAACUACUUCUACCACCGGGAGACGGAGGGCGAGGAGCAGGCCCAGCUCCUCAACGUCAGCAACCAGAACCUGGCGUCGGACACCAACUCCAGCCGGCGCAGCUCCUCCGUGGUCAGCAAGUCGGAGUACAUGGAGAUAGACGAGGACAUGAACAACAGCAUCGACAACUUCCGGGAGGCGAACCUUAGGACUGCCAACUGCACGGCGCCGAGUCAGAACUGUGUGAUCAAGGCCAAGCUGCUGACGGACGUGUGAGGCCGCGAUGCACCGCUGUAAAUAAUGUACAAACGUCUGGAUGCUUUAUCUCCAUUGGUGCAUUUUAAUCUUCUUCUUCUUCUUCUCCUUAUUCAAAGACUUUAACACACACACACACACACACACACUCAGAUAGUUAUAUAUUUAAAAUUAAAAGAGAUAAAUAAAUAAAACACAGAUCUUUUGGGCAAUAGUGAAAAGAGCAGGUGUUGGUGAAACGUUGUUUUUUGAUAAAUUAUUCUUAACAUUUGAACAACUUAAAGAGUAAGUUUUAAAUAUCUAAGAGGCAGGAGAGGAGAGGCAAUCAAGGGAACUCUGGGAAAUGUAGUGUUUUAGAUUUGCCUCAAAGUUAAAAAAAGAAAAAAAGAAGAGUCUGCAUAUUUUCAGUUUGUGCUGCAUUAAUUUUUAACCCCGUGCCCCGACAUUUAGGACGUAGAAUAUAGACGGAGUCCCUUUAAGAGCCGUCCCCCGGCUUCAGGUUUAACUAUCCAUCGUUAUUUUACGGCACUUUAAGUUAUUUUACGAUUAUUUGUGCAGCACUUUUCAAUGAGGAGACGAUUCGCAGCACUUUACAUCCGACACCUAAACACAUUCAAACCAGAUUUAGAAAAAAAAGAAAAAAAGCAGGAUUUGAGAAACUUGACAGAAUCACAACAGACGUUUUGAAUUUUAAGUCCCGGUUCGUUAAAAGGAGCUGAUACCUGCCAGGCUUUGUGCAAUAGACUCAACUCUGAGGAUAAAACAAAUAAAAAAUGAAACAAUAAAGCCCAAAAAAGAGAUGAAAUGACCCGAGGACGACGUUCCACCUGGAGCUACACAUUUCUGAGUGGAUUACAGUUUUUCUGCAGCACCUCCAGAGAAAGUUUGGGGAAAAAUACAUCAGUAAAAGAAGCAAACGCCAGAUAAAAGUUUUUUUUUUUUCCGUCCAGGAAUCAGAAAGAGGAAAGGAAGCGGAGGCUGGUGGAGGAUUAUCUGCUGCAGGUUCCCUGUACGACGCCAUGCAACACUCCUUUAUAUAAAAGCAUGUGGAGACUCUCUUCUCUCUUAUAUCAGCAUGCACAAGACGUUACCUCAUUUUAUUUCUUCUUCUCUCAUCUUUCUCCUCCUCCUGGGAUUUUUUCUCUCAUUUGUUUUUCACCAAAAGUGCACUGGCUGUUUCUUAUGGUUUCAGUUGUUUUUCGGAGCAUUUACGUGUUGAAUGUUUAAGGGAACAGGAACACUUCUUUUACGAAGAUCACGGCAUGUCAAAAAAAAAGAAAAAACUACUAAAGCAUUAUGGCCUAAUUAGCUACGGUAUAGCUACAUAUACUCAAUGCAUGACGUCAGUAUUAAAUUGCUUGCAGUUGUGGCGGGACCUCGGGAGCUGGAGGAUGAUGAUGAUGAUGAUGAUGAUAACUUCAGGAUAACGGUGCAUGACGGAGCAAACUGCCAGAAGGGACAAAUCUGCUAGAAAAAAAAACAAAAAAUACGAACUAACUGAGAAAAAGUCCUAAGAGAAGUUCAAAUAUUCUCUUUUUUUAAAAAACGACAUCCUCGUUUUUCAUCCGUUGAAGCUCUGAUCUUUGACGAUGGAAGUGCAUGGGAUCAUUCUAUGUGAUUUGUGACCCCGUUUUAUUUUUCUGCAUUUGUCUUUUAAACCAGAAGGAAAGCAGUAAUAUUUAACAAAUUUCACAGAGAUAUCUACAAUUAGUUUCUAGUGCCUUGAACCCCGUCCCGUUCUGGAAUUGACUGAAGUGCCUCCCCCCCCUUUACAACAGAAACAACGAAGAGCUCAUUGUUAACGAUGUGCAGCUUAACUUCCUGCCAUAGAGACGCACAGCAGCUCCUGCACAUCUGGAUCUGACGAGGCCGACAGACCAAUACGUUCAGACGGAGACACCAAUUUAUUCUAUCGGGCCUUUUAAAACAAAACAAAAAAAAAAGAAAAGAAAACACGUUUGUUCGGGACGAUGACACGCGGCUGUAGAACACAACUAGAAAAACACGACACGGAUUGUUUGAGCCACAAAACUGCCAACGACGGGAAACUACAACGUUUGGGACAUAUAUAUUUUCAGGGUCCAAAUGAAAGAAAACACCAAAAGUUGCUCCAUAAAUCAGCAAACAAAACGUUAAUUAGCUUUUCAAACGUCUGUAUUUAAAAAAGAUACUCAGUUAUUUAUAAACGCUAUCUGUGUGGAAAUGUACUGAUGCGGCUAUUUCCAGCUAACCAAGCUAAUGCAACAUAGAUAGUAGCCUCUAGGAUUCACCAGUGGAGCUCGACAUGAACAUUAAUCGUUUGCUAACAAAACGUAGCUGUCUGUUUUUUUAACUAGCUAGCUCCUUACUUAGAAACUCCACACCAACUUUCCUCUCCAAAGAAGUUAGCGUCUACCUAGCUUCCAUGCUAAGGUUGGUUCAGAUUUAUUUUAUUAGCAUGAAAAUAAUAAAACCUUAAGAUGAUGAUCCGAUUGGUUCAACAGGUCAGCUAAAGAAUUAGCAUUAGCUUGACUUCCAGGCUAACUGUAGCUAGCUACACAGGACCGAAGUGAGUUACUGUACAAAUGUGAAGUUAAAAAGCAAGGGAGCUACUUUCAGAAUAAAAAUAUUUAGCAAACCACAGAGAAACAAACAAAUUUCCCACUGUUUGUAGCAGAAAUCUGUAGUUUGUGAGAGCUACAUUCAGUUUUUAGAUCAUAAAGGUCUGGUCUGCAGCACAAACUCUCAAAGUCUGCGUCCAGAGCGUUACAGCAAAAUCACUGCCGACACUUUUAUAUCGAGGACCAAAAUAACUUCUGCUGGAUGUGACAGCAGCUUCUUUUAAAACUGAGAAACGCUGCGUUUCCUACAACCUGCUCUGCCUUCGCUCUCAGACGUUUAAGAAACCAGGGAGAACAUGAAGCUGCCAUCCAGGGCUUCGUCGAGGCCGUUUGUGGCGAGAGACUCUGAUGGAUUUGACCUCAGCGCAGGCACUCAGUGUUUCCACUGCAGAGCUGCCUCAGUCUGAACGUUACCACAGGCAUUAGUCACUCUGCACGCCAGCAAAAUGGCGCUAGUGAUGCUACUGAUGCUACUGAUGCUAGUGAUGCUACUGAUGCUAGUGAUGCUACUGAGCCAAGCACAUGGCCGAGUGAGGGAGGUGUUUUUCUGCAUUAUGCUUCAGAUCUUUAUUAAAUUAUUGAGCUCAAACAUCUAGAGAAACUUCAGUGACAGUGACAGUGACGGCUGCAGGUAGUUGAUCAUCGUACGUGUUAAUGAGGAGAGUUUGACACUUUAACCUCCUGAGACCCUCCGUCCUCGUACGGGGACGUUAAAUUUAAGGUUUUAGGCAGCUUCUUACUCUGCUUCAUUUAAACUUUUAUCCUCAUGACUAGAUACUAGUUGGUCUGAAAACAUCAUAGUGGUCAUGUAACAAAAGUGGAUCAGGUACAAAACCUCAGUUUUACAGUUGAAACUUGAUUAUUUCUGAUUAUUAACUUUUCUAGUUGAACAUGACACAACUUCUAUCAAUAGUAACAAGUCACAACGUCAAUAAUUAGCAACGUUGGGACUUAAUUAUUUGCAAUUCUGUUUUUGCACAACAGUGUUCAGACAUGAGAAUUAACAGUUUUACGUUUUAUUAGUUAUUAGUGACUGUAUUAUAUAAUAUACAGACGCUUAGUUUUUUUUUUUUUCUUAGGUUGUACUGAUCCCAAACAACAACUCGGGUCUCAGGAGGUUUAAGGAAGAGAAGAAGAUCAGAGUUGGUCUUUACUCUUUCCAGCGCCCCCUGCAGGGCAGACACCAGCGCCUACAGUUUGUGUUUUUCAUACAAAUGCAUCUCUAAGAAUAAAAAGCAUCAGUUUAAUUGAAGGUAUUUAUAACAGAUAAAUGUUUCUGUUGAAGCUGCAGCGUAGUUCUGUGGUUCAUACGUAACCUACGUAUCAUACGUAACCUACAUAUGAACCAUUUCUACUUAGACCCCGUCAGUCUGGUUCACUCCGUAACCACCAGGCGGCGCUGUGUCUUUUUUACCACUCGGGUUAAUUUUUGCUUCUACUUCCUGCUUCAGUUUCGACAAACAGAGACUGAAACUUUCCGCUGAAGUCGAGUUGAACAAAUGUCAGCAUCAGUAGCAGCCGUUUUUAUUCUGACAGCAGAGAAGCUUCAAGUGUCUGUGACUCAAAUAUAAGAAUAAAUGAAGCUUUUAUCGUUUGGAAUAAAGAAAACUAUUUUUAUCACGGCUUUGAAAACUGACAACAGCAGAAAUGUGACGUUAACAUCUCGACCCUGUGGCUCCUACUUUAAAUUCAGAGGGGCUUUAAAUUUAGAUCAGGCUCCAGUGUUACUGCAGUAUUCUGGUCUAAAACAGUCUUUACAUUUAGUGUCAGAAAGCCACAGUCCUAACGUCCAAACGUCCAAACGUUCAUGUCCACUGGAGACCAGUUAAUAAUCAGUCACUUGUGUGACCGAGAUUAUUGUUCAUGUUCGCACAAUAAUUCUUCUAAUGAUGAUUUGCACAAGGUUUAAGUUGAAAGUUUCAGUCAGUGGAAAACGUAAUGUGCUAAAAAUAAGUUUUAAUUUUGAGAUUAAAGAUUCAUUUGUUGUUCUCACAGGGUUACAGGUAAUAACUUCUACACUUUUAUGCAAAUUAUCUUUUACUGAUUGAGAUAGAAGACGAUUCGUAUUAAAAUGAGUUUGUUGAGACAAAGAGUUGCAGAUAAAAGAGACUUUUUCUGGAGUCAAAUUUAAAACUUGACUGAAAAGUUUCGAGCUCAAAAUUUUAUUUAAGUUUCGUACCAAACUAAUUGAAUAAAUCUUCGUCAUGUUACGUUCAAGGUGCUGAUUGAAGAUUGUUUUCUGGAGCAAAGCAGCUUUUUUUUGGUGCAGGACAAUAAUUAUUCCCUCAAACCUCUCAGACUCUAACAGCGUUUAAAUCACUGCCUCCGUCUCAGAUAAACCAUGAGUUGUGUUCAGUUGUGUUCCAGCUGUUUGUCGUCGCCCCGUUGGUUUAAAGCCCGUUUCACCAAGUAAAAAGAAUCCCUUUAACUCCACGUUUCAGUCUGACGGAUAAAUGAAGAAACGCUACGAAGGUGCUACGUGUUAAACAUGCAGUAGGUCUUAGGGAGCAAAAAUAACGAAUGCUACUUUUCUCCUUUUUUGAACCACAUUAAAUCUCAAAGGAACGUCUAUUUUCAGCAGUUUAAGAGUGAAAUCAAACAUCAGGAUCGUCGGUCGUCUUCUCGUGGUUUAUUCUGUCGUCCAUAUUUGUAGUUUUUGCCAAAGUUUGAGACAUAUCUGCACCAGACACCACCGAAGGGACCAAAUCCAGUUUUCUAUCAUCAGAGCAGCUCAACGUCGGACGAGAGGUUUUAUAGAGCGACGGCCGAUGACUUUCAGACUAAAGUCCAGUUAUUAGAACCGCAGUACAUAGGAUUUAGUUUACAAGCUUCCAACUGCCAAGUCCAGACUGAUCAGAGAUUCAUCUGCAGAGGACCACAGGACUGAGCUCAACGCUCAGCGUCUUCACAUCUGUUUUAAAACUUAUUCAUUCAGCUUCCAUCAACUCAAACCACAGACGCAGACUUUCUCAACCUUGAGGAGAGUUAAAAAAUUUAAAUAUACUGAUGUUUGUUAAACCCUGUGAAGUCUGACGUAUGAAAUAUUAAUCAGAAAAAUCUGUUUUUUUUAUUUAAAAUAUAGUGUAACUGCUUCUAAGAGCUUUAGACAAAAACAGUUAAAGACAUUUCCACAAGUUAUUGCAUAUUUUAAAAUGUAUCUUUUAUUUCAUGUUAUUAAAUAAAAAAUUCAGUGAACAGAUAGUUGCUGCAUCAUAUUUGAUUUUACUGAAAUGCAGUAACCACAUGUUUCUCCAAUCAAGUCCCUGAAGACGGCCAUUUUGGAAACGGCUGCCAAAAUCAAAAACUUGGACCGUGUUUAAUUUGGAAAUUGUAGAUGAAGCAGAUUUCAAGUUAAAUAGCUUCUCAGUCAUUUUCAGUGACUAAAUGAGGUGUUUGUUUUACAGACUCAGAUAAAUAAACGACUAAAUAAAAGACGACAUCUAAUCCAAAUAAAAUCAAACUAUUGAGGUCGAGAAACUCUGCUUCAGUGUUUCAUUGGAGCAUCAUAGUUGGUGAUGAUGAUGAUGAUGCAUUGAAGAGUUUGUUUGAUGUAUUUCUGGAACAGUGUCACCGUGUGGCGCCGCAGAGCGACCACAAGGUUCAUGACCAUCAAACCAAACUAACGCUGAUCAUUAUUAAUUAUUAUUAACUCUGUUUUGCUUUCAGGAAGUCACUAGAAAACGUUUCCAGCUGGUUGUUUUAGGAUGAAUUAGGUUCAUUUUGCCGUUUAGCUUUAAUACGUCUGUUCCCUCUGAGUCAGAAGCCAAAGUCUGGUCCCGACAGGACUCAGCAUUAAAAUAAACGAGAUCCCCGUCCUCUGGGCUGAUGAGCUCCGCUGAACCCCGGCGUCAUUAGCGUUGCAGUAUGUCAGCUUUAAUUUUCUUGGUUUGUUAUUUUUUUAACGGUUUCUCUUGCUGCAGUUAGCAGUGUUUGUCAUUUAGUUGGUGAAGCAUAGUCUGUAACCUAUGCAAGGUUAGUCCGACGUUUAUGUCCAUUCUGAUUUCAUCAUAUUACAACAGAUUCAAUAAAUUUUGAAAGAUGA